GCUGGAAUAUUUUUCAUGAGGGGUAAUUUGGGAGGCGUUCAGCGAGUUCAUUUGUUAGAUGGCACUAUCGGUGGAGUUUUACUAAUGGAACUAUUUCAAAGAGAUGGAGUUGGGACUAUGGUGGCUAGUGAUCUGUAUGAAGGAACAAGGAUGGCUAGGGUGACAGACGUUCGAAGGAUAAAACAAAUUAUACAGCCUCUAGAAGAAUCUGGCGCAUUGGUCAGAAGGACCGAAGAAGAGCUACUUAAAGCACUGGAUUCAUUCAUUAUGUUCUUAGUCUACAUUUAG